UGACAACAGUAAAUUGUCCUGCAUUGCAAAUUUAUUUUAUUUUAAUAUUUAUAAAAGUUCAAAUAUUCCACAUAGUUGCUCAAUUUACUAUGAAUAUGCAUAAAAUUAUUAAUACUAUAUAAAAAUUGUUUUAGAGGGAGUGAAAGUUGACUGAAAGUUGUCUCACUGCAGGACACUGGAUUGUUCUCCCUCGGAACUUUUCUUCAGUGUUGUGACUUAUUUCUAAGUGAAACAGAAUACUGAAUAAAGGGCAGGGUUUUAUUUUAGCGCUCCUCCUCUCCAUCUCUUGGUCAUAGCAGACUAACACUUGGAGGGGAGUGGUUUAAGUGUUUUUAACCCAAGCCGUAAACUGACGUCAUCAGAGGAGGAACGGCAUUCCAGACCGGAAGUAACUUUUCAGUUUUUGAUUAAAGAUUACCACGACAAACAAUUUUUUUUUGUGUAUUAACUUGCACGGAUUAAUUGUUCACCACAAAACUAGUAAUAUGUGCUAACAAAGUAAAUAGGGUCAAUUUUGAUUUCAUGACGACUUUAAGAUGGGUUUGGUGCACACAAGGAUAAAAAAAGUACCCCAUGUGUAAAAUGAAAUACACUGCUGUAUCUUUAAUGUUGUGGGCCUAGUUUUCUGUCAGAGGUCUUGGACAUUUUGUUCAGAUACAUGGCAUCAUGGAUUAUUCAGGUUCAGGCUAUUAUUCAGGUAAGAAAUACAGAACGCAGAACGUUGAUUGGUUGACAGAGAAUCACACCACGCCUAUCAAGUAAGAGUACUGUUGGCGGUGGAAACGCAAGCCAGAUCAGGGUUUACCGUCCCAAAUUGUACCAUACUCGGUGGAAAUAAGCCAUUAUAUAGAUCAGUGGUGCGCGCGCUUUUGCUGUUUCUGCAGGAAUUUCUAAAAUGAUCUGCAAUACAAGCACAAUUUGUGCACCAGAAGAGCUGCCGCUUUUGAAUAGUUUGUGCUUGCUAUUUAAUAAAUAUUUGAAACUUUGCAAACUGGCACCUUCAGUAAUGAAAACAUUUAUCUUGAUCUCUGUCAUGAAAUAAUCAUUUAAAAAGAAAUAUUUAUAUAUACCUGUAUGAUAUUACAAUGUAGCCAUAUUAGGCCAGCGGUUUGGAAAAUGGAUGGAUGGAUAAAUGAUUCAGCUGCAGGUGACAUCCUCUGGCAAGACACAGGAAUUCAUUCGGCGCGAUCCUCACAGUGAAUUAUGGGUAUUCUUUAGCAAUUGAGCGUAUAUCGGUUGUACAUUUGUUUUUUUUGCAGUGCAUUAUGGGAUUGAAUGAGUGCACUCGACUCAAUAACAUUCACUAUGAUUUCGGACAACUCUACAAAUGAUUGUCCCCUCAAAUAGUUCCCUAUUUAAGGGUAUGGGGGCGAUUUCGGGGACAGCCAUUUCUGAUCAUAGCCCACAUAGACUGCUAUUCUGCUUACUGAAAUCGAGAAUUGGGUUCCAGUGAUUGUAAAAAACAAAAAAACAAAACAAACAAACAAAGAAAACAAACAAAAAUGUAUUUUUGGAUUUUGCGAUUUUUACGCAAAUGCAUAACAUAUUAUCCAGUAGUCCAGGAAGUUGCAUACUUUGUGUGGUCCUAAAAUGUAUAGAUUAAAAAUUUUAGCUGUUAAUUAGAACAAAACAUACAAGAAGCCUUUUCUGUCAAAACAUCUUAUUCACAACUUCCGCUAUAUGAUCAGGAAACGAAAGUAGUGAUUCAUAUUUUUUCCUCAUAUUUUGACUUGCAUCUUUGUGCAACAGUUUCGGGAAAGGAACAACUGUAGAAGCAUGACUUGGCUCUGUCCAGCUGUUGUUGACUGAAAUUUGAGAUGUGGGUGUGAUUUUCCUCAUUAUUGUAAGCGUAUCUAGUGAAGCAGUUCAUGAUUUUGAGUAAAGUAAUUGUAAAGUAAAGAUACUGGAAUAUCAUGCGGUUUAGCAUCUUCAUCAUCGUUCUGCUGGGCUUCAUCAACUUCACACUGGCUCAAGUUAAGGGCUGCUGUUGGCACUAUGUCUCUAAAAUUGAACCCUCUGAAAAGAAAAGAGUGACAGGCUACAGAAUACAAGAGAUGGGCAAACACUGCACGUUCCCUGCUGUCAUCUUCAAAUUGGAUAAUUCCGAGUUUUGCGCUGAUCCUACAGACCGCUGGGUCAGCGAUCUCGUGAUGAGGGUGAACAGACUGUAUGGUGGCUGUUGUCUGCAGUAUGCCACAAGUGUUAACCUGUCCAUAAGGAAUAGAGUGACCAGCUACAUAAUACAAUAUCCGAGCAGACGCUGCAGGAUCGCUGCUAUUGUAUUCAUAUUGGAUAAUGGCCAUAAGUUCUGUGCUAAUCCCAGGAAAAGAUGGGUCCGUUCCCUCAUGGAGUGGGUGGAGGGACUGUCAGGUCUUGAAUGGCCUAAGUGGUUUCCGCCGCCUCCAGGGCCUUUAGUGCCUCUGAGAAUUCCGGAGCCUCCAGUGCCUCCAAUGCCUCAAGCUACUGCAAUGCCUCAAAGACCAGAAAUGCCUGGAACGACUGAAAUGACUGAAAUCCCUCUAACAAUUAAAAUGCCUCGAACGACUGAAAUGCCUCGAACGACUGCAAUGCCUGAAAUGCCUCGAACGUCGGCAAUGCCUAAAAUACCUGAAAUGACUGAAAUGCCUAAAAUGCCUGGAACAACUGAAGUGCCUGUAACAAGUGAAAUGACCGAAAUCCCUCGAACGACUGAAAUGCCUGGAAUGACUGAAAUGCCUGAAAUCCCUCGAAUGACUAAAAUGCCUGAAAUGCCUCGAACUAAUGAAAUGCCUCGAACAACUGAAAUGCCUGAAAUGCCUCAAACAACUGAAAUGCCUCAAACUCCUGAAAUCCCUGGAACGACUGAAAUGCAUGAAAUCCCACGAACAACUGAAAUGCCUGGAAUGACUGAAAUGCCUGAAAUCCCUCGAAUGACUAAAAUGCCUGAAAUGCCUCGAACUAAUGAAAUGCCUCGAACAACUGAAAUGCUUGAAAUGCCUCAAACAACUGAAAUGCCUCAAACUCCUGAAAUCCCUGGAACGACUGAAAUGCCUGAAAUCUCUCGAACGACUGAAAUCCCUCGAACGACUGAAAUGCCUGGAACGACUGAAAUGCCUGAAAUCCCUCGAAUGACUAAAAUACCUGAAAUGCCUCAAACAACUGAAAUGCCUCAAACUCCUGAAAUCCCUGGAACGACUAAAAUGCAUGAAAUCCCACGAACAACUGAAAUGCCUGGAACGACUGAAAUGCCUGAAAUCCCUCGAAUGACUAAAAUGCCUGAAAUGCCUCGAACUAAUGAAAUGCCUCGAACAACUGAAAUGCCUCAAACAACUGAAAUGCCUCAAACAACUGAAAUGCCUGGAACGACUGAAAUGCAUGAAAUCCCACGAACAACUGAAAUGCCUGGAACGACUGAAAUGCCUGAAAUCCCUCGAACGACUGAAAUGCCUGGAACGACUGAAAUGCCUGAAAUCCCUCGAAUGACUAAAAUACCUGAAAUGCCUCGAACUAAUGAAAUGCCUCGAACAACUGAAAUGCCUGAAAUGCCUCAAACAACUGAAAUGCCUCAAACUCCUGAAAUCCCUGGAACGACUGAAAUGCAUGAAAUCCCACGAACAACUGAAAUGCCUGGAACGACUGAAAUGCCUGAAAUCCCUCGAAUGACUAAAAUGCCUGAAAUGCCUCGAACUAAUGAAAUGCCUCAAACAACUGAAAUGCCUCAAACAACUGAAAUGCCUCAAACAACUGAAAUCCCUGGAACGACUGAAAUGCCUGAAAUCCCUCGAAUGACUAAAAUGCCUGAAAUGCCUCGAACUAAUGAAAUGCCUCGAACAACUGAAAUGCCUGAAAUGCCUCAAACAACUGAAAUGCCUCAAACAACUGAAAUGCCUCAAACUCCUGAAAUCCCUGGAACGACUGAAAUGCAUGAAAUCCCACGAACAACUGAAAUGCCUGGAAUGACUGAAAUGCCUGAAAUCCCUCGAACGACUGAAAUGUCUGGAACGACUGAAAUGCCUGAAAUCCCUCGAAUGACUGAAAUACCUGAAAUGCCUCGAACUAAUGAAAUCCCUGGAACGACUGAAAUGCGUGAAAUCCCACGAACAACUGAAAUGCCUCAAACUCCUGAAAUCCCUGGAACGACUGAAAUGCAUGAAAUCCCACGAACAACUGAAAUGCCUGGAACGACUGAAAUGCCUGGAACGACUGAAAUCCCUGGAACGACUGAAAUGCGUGAAAUCCCACGAACAACUGAAAUGCCUCAAACUCCUGAAAUCCCUGGAACGACUGAAAUGCAUGAAAUCCCACGAACAACUGAAAUGCCUGGAACGACUGAAAUGCCUGGAACGACUAAAAUGCCUGAAAUGCCUCAAACUAAUGAAAUGCCUCGAACAACUGAAAUGCCUGAAAUGCCUCAAACAACUGAAAUGCCUCAAACUCCUGAAAUCCCUGGAGCGACUGAAAUGCCUGAAAUCUCUCGAAUGACUGAAAUAAUUGCCUCGAACAACUGA